UGUAAUACACUAAAGCUUUAUUUUUAUAUUUUCUCACAGCAUGGUUCCCGAUGACCAGAGGACGACUCCCGCCAUGUCCCUAAAAAUCCUGUCAAUACUCUGGCCGCUGCGUGUCGCCUACGUGCUGCUGGCCGUCAUGGUGCCUGUGAGCCUGCAGGGUGACGUGGGAUGGGGGACCGAGUACCCGCUGGUGCCGUGGGAGGACCUGUGGCGGGAGGUGGAGGAGAUGACGGAGGGGAUGCAGGACUGCCACGCGGAGACCUCCACCUGCUGGCCCACCACCAACACCUCCGUCCAGGCGAAGGUGGCCGAAGUGUGCAGACCGUGUGCGUGCGACAAGGAGUGUGUGCGUUACGGAGAAUGCUGCAGGGACAAGGCGCAGGCGGACUGGGGCGACGGCAGGGAGGAGGGCAGCGACCGGUACAACUGCAGGAGGAUGCGGCCCUUUGACAGCGUGGGGCUACUGAUGGUGGAGUCCUGCCUGCCGGAAUACAGGAACACCCCCGUGGAGCGGCUGUGCACCCAACAGGUGCCCGAGGAGGCGUACAGUUACAUCCUGGACCUGGGCGUCACUUCCCGCCGCACCAACACCACGUACGGCAGCUACCACUGCGCCGUCUGCAACAACGACGCCGCCUCUCUACACACUCACGAGGUCACCAUCAACUGCUUUACCCGGGAGAUACUGAAGGAGUUUACAAUGAAGGAGUUCAUGCGAAAGGCGACCUACAAACCCGGAAGCCUUCAGUUACAGCGUUUUGUCUACGAAAGUGAAGAGGACGAGCGACUACACGCCUACAGGGAGAUCCAUCACUGUUCGCUGCAGGUGGCGGAGUUCAACAAGCCUCUGGAUUUUGUGGAGAAGUACGGCGGGCGGCUGUGUCUGUACCCCAAGGCUGUGUGUGAGCCACGCUUCCACAAAAGACCUCACUGCAGGGAACAGGUGCGGCACUGUGACCCGCUGUGGCCUGACCCCCUGGACGUGGAGAAGUGCCGCCGCUACUCCCAGAUGGUGCUGCACACAACCGACACCAGCGUCACGCUCUACAAGAACCCACACUGCGCCAGAUGCAACUUUGUCAACAUGUCCAUGGGAAAUUUUCAGUGCCUGGACCCUAAUGACCCCAACAUGUGCUCCUCCGCCAUCUCCAUAAGGAAGAUCAAUCUCCCUCCUGUGUUUUCAGUGCUCAUGGAUUUCCGAAACUCCUCCUGCGAUGCCCAAGACGAGCUCUGGGACCCCAUCCACCUCGCUUGCAGGAAGGUGUUCUGCGGUCAGCUCUACAAAUUAAGCAACGGUUUCUGCGUCAGGGAUCCCGAGGUCUUUGCUGUUCUAGAGAAUUCAACGCUGUUAUAUGAUUCCUGUCGCAAGAUCAAAUUGUCCAUGGACGAGUUCACGCCACGUUCUGACGGUUCUAUGCACGUCAACGCCACGAACAAGGUGUACGAGCAGGGAGAGUACGAGAUGCUCAGCGACGGGAAUGUACUGAUAUGCAGUGACAACGACGAAUACGUGAGGAGCUUCACGACGCUCCACCAGCUGCUCACCCUCGUCACCAUGGUCGUCUCACUAUUGGGCUUGGCGUUACACAUCGUUAUCUACAUCCUGGUACCCCGCCACAGGAACCUGCCGGGAAAGAACCUGUUCUCUCUUAGUUGCUGCCUCUUUCUGGCCUACCUCAUCUUCCUGACGGGGAUCAGAGCCACUGAACACCACGGCUUCUGUGUCUUUAUUUCCGCGUCACUCCACUUUUUUUGGCUGGCGUCCUUCUGCUGGAUGAGCGUGAUGAGCGUGGACGUGUGCCGCACCUUCACCAGUCAGGUCUACCGCGGGGACUCGGCCGGGUAUCACACCUACGCCCUCUACUCCCUCUACGCCUGGGGCGUCCCUACUCUGGUGGUCACUCUUGCCCUCAUCUGCGACUACGUAGGUUUCCUGCCCGAGUACCGCCCGCAAUACGCCACGAACCUCUGCUGGAUCAACAACAGCUACGGCCUAGCAACAUUCUUCCUGCUUCCCCAGGGUGCCAUCGUGCUGGAAAAUACCUUGCUGUUCUUGGUGACUGCCCGGGGCAUCUAUAAACAGAUGAAGGCAGCCAAAUUCGCCAACAGGCGCUCCCAAAGUGUCAAGGGAACCAAGGAGAAAACCGUCAAAAUCAUGCACAAGGGAGCCCCGAAGGAGGUUGUCCAGAAUCGAAGGAGCAAGAAGGAGCGGCUGCGUCUGGUGCUGUACGUGAAGCUGGCCGUGAUCCAGGGGGUGUCCUGGGUCACCGGGUUCAUCGCCGCCUUCGCCGACCUGCCCGCCUGCUGGUACGUCUUCACGGUCUUCAACGGUCUGCAAGGAGCCUUCAUCUUUAUCGGGUUCGACAUGAAGAAAAAGGUGUGGGAGUCCGUGUGGGAGUCAGUGAUGGGCACGCCGUGGAGCAAACGUCACUCGUCCAAGGAGACGCGCACCACCACCACCGGCAGGACACUCUCGGGGCAGAAAGACUCCAACAGUGAUUCAGAAGGAGGCAGCGAGCUUGAUUCUGCCUCAGGUCCUCUAGUAAGAGAAAGGAGUGUAGGGCGGCAGGCAGGGGCAGGGGUGGGCCAGAGCACCUCAUCCAGGCACUGUUCUCCCCCUAACGCACAGGCUUUUGACAGAGUCAGAAAGCUCGGCACAACGGGCUCCCAGAGGACUCAGGCUGACUCCCCAGCCCCGCUUCUCCCUGCCCCAGAGGAUGAGGCGCCCCAGAGCCAGCCAGUGGGAAUGAGGACGGGAGGGGACCUUCGGGCACGGGUGGUUCGUGGCAACUUUGAUGGUGAGCGGCCGGAGGAGACAGCUAAGCUGAAAUCUGAGGGCCCAAAUUUACCCCAUUCUGAGAAGGGAGACACUCAAAAGAACAAGCCCAACGUGCAACGCGUGAUGGACCUCCUCCAGCAACUGCAGCGAGAUUCGAGGAGUUCAGUGGACCUGCCAGACCUGGUGCAGCAGCUACUGAAGUGCAGUGGGGGAUCCUAUGAGGCAGUAAGACACCCACAAGCCGCCUUCUCAAAGUGCAGAAGCUUUACUGAGGGAACAUUUCCUGAGCUCGAAAGGGGGCAGCAGAAGGAAUUUGUUUUCCAAUUGAGGAGCAUGGUGGGUGGUUCCUUCAAGGGAGAUGACCGCGGCCACUUCAAGGACUUCAGUGCCCCUUACCAGGUUAGCAGAAGCCACUCAUUGGCCAACACAGCCCACACAUCCCACAACAGCCUCUACUCCCCCAGCAAGGAACAACCAAGCCAGCUUCCCACGAGCAGUAACCCCGCCACCACCCUCACCACCCCACACACCAAUAUAAAGAGAACACAAGAGAUCUCUAGCAACUUGGAAAGAAUCCCUAAAUCCCAGUCAUUUUCCCAGAUAUCUAAAGUCGCUUUGGCAGCCUCAUUCAUGCAGAAAGCAGCCAUGGACGCCAGGGAAAAGAGGCAACAGGGCACAGAAAGGACCUUGGGAAGUUGCCGAGGGAAAAGAGAGAGUCUACAGCACGUGCCUUCCACCAAGAAGCCGUCUACGUCUACCCCUGAGAGCCUGGUGUGAAGGGCAUGUUUGAUACGUAGUGAUGGCGUCAUUGUGCAUCAUGCAGGACUACAACUAGGUUUAGGGGACAGAAAUGACCAAAAAAAGGCAAUGCAUUAGUUUCCAGGGCCACGAAUCUUCCCGAGGAGGUGAUUGACCCUGUGGUACCUCUAGGUUACAGGCCUGGCUGUUUGCAAAUCUAAAAGUUUGUACAAUCAUCAACAAAAGCAUUGCUGCUUCACCUGCUAAGUUUCGAACUUUGUGAUUCACGGAUUUAUGAAGCACCAGACACAAACACAAUUCUCCACCGACAUCUGGCAGAUAGUGUGGGGAGUUGGAGGCUCUUAUUGGUCUCGGACUAACAGCUAUUAAAUACUUGCCACCGAAGAUUGCGGUGUUAGUGGCAGUGUGAAGGAGAGGUUUAUGUAAUGAUGGCAUGGAGGGCGUGGUUGGUUCAAAGGUAAAGAGUUAGGGGUCGUUAGUCUCCAUGCAAGCGGCAAGGUAAAGGAGCGCAGUAGUGAUGGCACGAUCUCGUAAAUAUUUCAAAUAUACUGCAUUACUAUCACAUCUGAUGUACCUAUGCACGUGACAUGACAGUGCCAGGGUCUGCAACAAUUGAAAUAAUGUACUCAACAGAAUAUCAUAUUUCAUCGCGUGUGCCAACUGUGUGCGGGAGAACUUAAUGGAAGGGACCCCGGGGGUUGGCAUCGUAGGGUGGGCAAGGCGACCCCCCACCCCCACCCCCGCCGACGCAUACCCCAACUGAUUGAUGAUUGAUACGUAACGGUAAAGUUGGCGGCAUACGCUAUGAUUACUCGUGGCCGCAGUGGUCAUCUCCGUCGCGUUGGCCAUUGAGACUGUGGAGCGGUAAGAACUCGCUAUCCCGGGACACAGGGCCAGUGUAACACCCGGGUUACCACAGAUUACUUUCUCAGGUUUCCCCAGGUACCUAUCUUUCGACAAGUCCGAAAGGGAAGAUGAAGAGCUUGGUUAGCUAACCCGGGCUCAAGGAUUUCAAACUAGGCACAAUAACCAGGGCGGCGUACGUGCGCCAGAUAUAUUGACGUUAUGAAACCUUGGGUAAGAAGCACUGUAAAUAGAAUGCACUUGAUAAUGAUAAUAAUAAUAAUAACAAUAAUAAUAAUAAUAAUAAUAAUAUGAUGAUGAUGAUGAUGAUGAUGAUGAUGAUGAUGAUGAUGAUGAUGAUGAUGAUGAUGAUGAUGAUGAUGAUGAUGAUGAUGAUGAUGAUGAUGAUGAUGAUGAUAAUAAUAAUAAUAAUAAUAAUAAUAAUAAUAAUAAUAAUAAUAAUAAUAAUAAUAAUAAUAAUAAUAAUAAUAAUAAUAAUAAUAAUAAUAAUAAUAAUGUAGGAAGCCAAUGAUAAAAAAAGAACACUACCGGAGAAUAAAGGAAUAGAAGGCAAGGUUUUACUGGAGAGUGUUGGAUCAAAGGCUACGGAAGUGCUAUUUGCGGAGAGAUGGUGAAAAAAUCUUAAGAAUCGAGGUUUGUGGCACGAGAACAAAUGAUAUCGUUGCGUACACAGACGCAUCAUCUAACCUUAUUCUGAAAUUUAGGAUAGAGGAGGUAGGAGUGCACAGAAUAGAAAUUACUCUCAGUAGCCUCAGAGCUGCGUUUCGGUUGAGGGGUGAAGGUGAGGUUUAGAGGAGGAGAGAUGGUGUUUCACAGAAUGGAAAUAAAAGCGAAAACCUUGCAUGUUGCAGAUAAGUUGGAAGAGCUAUUAGAUAGCACUUUAGGUUGUCACCAGAAGCAAGGUUCCACCCGCGGCUAUUUCUCGUCCCCAGACAGGGCCUCCGGUGUUGUCUGAUUAUUCAUCACUAUAAUUUAGCACAAGUUUUUAAGCAAAAUUUUGAGGAAAUGAUGCGUGUCAUGUGGAUGUAGUUUUCUGUGGAAAGUAAAAAGAACUUAUCCUUAGAGAGCAUGCUGAACUACUCCGGUGUUGAUGGGAGAUCUUCAAGGUAAAUUUUGGUAGAGGGCAGCAUCAUAAUACGAAAUAAGGUGUAGAGAAGGUAAACACACACACACACACACACACACACACACACACACACACACAUUCUCUCUCUCUCU